CUCCAUAUCAGGCCUUUGCUCCGCCACAACUACAACACCAACUCAACCUACACCACAUCCUCUACUACCUACUUCCUCUACUUUAUCUUUCCGCACCCAUCUUUUAUUGCUCCUAGCCAACCUAUCACAAUCAUGCUCAAAACCUUGACUAUGACUACAUACUAAAGGCAAGUUACAGAACUCCACCUCAAUUUCAAAUGGCGGAUCAUCAUCUGGAUAAAGUUUGAUACGAUAAGGAUAUUCAUAAUCUUUUUAAUAUUGACCCUUAAUAUAGCAUUUGGUUUCACAUGAUUCUGUAAAAUGAAUACAUGUUUUGGUGUGUUGUGGGAGGGAAGCAGGUGGUGCCAAAUUCGGAGCAAGAACCUGACCACUAAUAUCGGCGUAAUCGGAUCAGUAGGACAAACUAAUAUCGUCUCCCUCGCAGCUGCGCCAAUUCUACCGUCGAUAAUGGCGAGGUAACUACUGCGCCUUUCCUCGUGCCUUACGUUAACCAUGAUAAAUCCCGCCCCACCUUAUUCCUCUCCCUGCCUCGUCCCCAGCCUCAGGUAAUUUGUGGGUGCUCGAGUUAGUGAGCUUCUUCGUUAACCAGAUAUCCGAAAAAUGGGGAGCGCCUCGUCUAUGCUAACUCAAUAUGAUAUAGAAGAAGUUCAGGAGCAUUGUCACAACCUCUUCUCCCAACAAGAAAUAGUGUCAUUGUAUCAAAGAUUCUGCCAACUGGAUCGCAAUGCGAAAGGAUUUAUCUCGGCGGAUGAAUUCUUAUCGGUGCCUGAGUUUGCCAUGAAUCCACUUUCUCAGCGCCUGCUCAAAAUGGUGGACGGCUUGAAUUUUAAGGACUUCGUAGCUUUCUUAUCCGCAUUUAAUUCGAAAGCAACUACAGAACAGAAAAUAGCUUUGAUUUUCAAAGUAUAUGACUCGGAUGGAAAUGGAAAAGUCUCUUUCAACGACAUACUAAACGUGCUUCGUGAUUUAUCUGGUUCAUUCAUAUCAGAUGAGCAAAGAGAGCAAGUCCUGACUCAAGUUCUAAAAGAGGCAGGUUACACAAAGGAAUGUUACCUCUUGCUAGAUGACUUCAUUAAGGUAUUUGGGAAUUCAGGCUUAAAAAUGGAGGUUGAGGUUCCAGUUGAUUAAGCGAGAAGUGAGCUCACCAUUCUAACUCGUCGCUCCCGGGACCAAACAAGAUCGCGUGGUUUAUCUGUAGAUUGGAAGGAAAGGCCACACAGUUCUUUUUUUCGCUUGUGUUUAUAGAUAUAGACAGCAAAUGAAAGUACACAAAUAAAUGCUCUUAGCUUCUUCCUCCUCUUUUCUGUGUACAGUCUUCCCUUUAUUCUUUUACCAUCUGUACUAUUCAAGUUAGCCGAAGUUUUGGAUUUUGGCAGUAAAUUGAAUCAAGGAAUGUAACUUGUCAGGUUUAUUGACUGACAAAUUGACAGUAUGACUUUGAGUAAUAAUAAUAUUAAUAACAUUUAUUGAUCA